UACCCUCAGCCUGAAGUGGCAGGGAGGCGCCGCCGCAAAAAACCCCACCGGAUCCGCCGCUUCCUCCGCCGCGGUGGCGCUCGCCGCUCGCCGCUAGCUCUCGCGUCGCCACCGUUUAAUCCUCGCUUCCCCCCACCCACCACCGCGGCCGCCGCUUUGCUGCAGAAUCUCAAUCCCCAUGGCUCUUCCACGAGGCGUCCGCUCCCCCAAGCCGAUGGCCGCCGCCGCCGCCUCCGCCUCGCCGCCGCAGCCGAGGCCCGGGCACAUGCUCGUGCUCGGCACCGGCUUCGUCGGCCGCUACGUCUCCCAGCGCCUCCUCGCGCAAGGAUGGAGGGUGUCCGGGACGUGCACCAGCCCUGCCAAGAAGACGGAGCUCGAGAUGCUGGGCAUGGAUGCUUCGAUCUUCGAUGCCACAAGCAGCAGUCUGACAAAUCUCCGGUCUUUGCAAGAUGCAACUCAUUUGCUCAUCUCCAUUCCACCCAUCCCGGGAAUUGGUGAUCCUUUGCUUUCUUCACAUUCCAACCUGCAAACUACACUAAGCAAUAGUAACCUUCAAUGGCUAUGUUACCUUUCUUCAACAAGUGUGUAUGGUGAUUGUGGUGGUGCAUGGGUUGAUGAGGAUCAUACGGUGAAUCCGAAGACCGAGUCUGUGAAAUUAAGAUAUGCUGCCGAAAAAGGAUGGUUGAAUGUUAUAGAUGACUUAGAUCUAUCAGCCUUUGUAUUUCGUUUAGGUGGAAUAUAUGGGCCAGGAAGAAGUGCAGUGGACACAAUAGCCAAGAGCAAAUCUUUGUCACGAAGACAGAAAUCGAGGGAAUCCAAACAGUACACUGCACGAAUUCAUGUGGCUGACAUUUGUCAGGCUAUCCUGGCUAGCAUGAGCAUCAGAAGUGCAAGGAGGAUAUACAACGUAGUGGAUGACGACCCUGCCCCAAGAUCUGAGGUUUUCGCAUUUGCUCGGAGCUUGGUUGAGAGGAAGCAUCCUGGCCUGAUAAUGGAUUCUGUAGUACUACCAGCUACUCAGGACAGAAUCGUAGCUGCUGAGAAGCGGGUCUCUAAUGCUCGGCUAAAAGAGGAACUUGGUGUAAAGCUUCUUCACCCAACCUAUAAAUCAGGCCUGCAGAGUAUUUUGGAUUCUUGGAGUGUCGAAUCUUCUUUUUCAAAUAGGAAUGUUGACGUUUAGCAUGUGUAUAUAACUAUGUGAAUUGUUUUGAUUUUGUGCUUUGCUGGAACUAUGAACCCAAAAAAUUAUAUAUUCCAUUAUGUCCUCUUCCAUUCGAGUGACUGGUUCUGGGCAUAUACUCUA